CCCCCCCGGGGAAGAUGAAGGCGGAGGGGGGCGACCACUCCAUGAUCAACCUGUCGGUGCAGCAGGUCCUGAGCCUCUGGGCCCACGGGACGGUGCUGAGGAACCUCACGGAGAUGUGGUACUGGAUCUUUCUGUGGGCUCUCUUCUCCUCUCUGUUUGUCCACGGUGCUGCGGGCGUGUUAAUGUUUGUGACGCUGCAGAGACAUAGGCAGGGGAGAGUGAUCUCGCUCGUCGCAGUCAGCAUCGGAUUUCUGGCUUCCGUAACUGGAGCAAUGGUUACUAGCGCAGCAGUCGCGGGCAUCUACCGGGUCGCAGGGAAGAACAUGGCCCCUUUGGAGGCGCUGGUGUGGGGCGUGGGACAGACUGUAUUGACAUUAAUCAUCUCCUUCUCAAGGAUCCUCGCCACACUCUGAGCUUUCGGUGGGAAUGUCUUACUUCACAUAAGGAAACAGAUGUACAGAUUGUCAGAACACGGCGCUGUGAAGGAGCGGCAAUGAAAUCGAGGAGAAUGUGGAAGGAGCAGGUCGCUGCAGAAGGCCUGAGCUGUGUGCAAAGAUCGCCCUCUGGUGUCCAAGUGAUUGCACUACCGCACUGCACCUUACGUGCCUCCGUCCCAGGCCAGGCGCAUCACACUACGGGAAGCUACUCGAAGAAGCACCUUGUUUAGCUGCCAAUCAGGUUAACAUUGGUGUUGACUCAUUGUUCUUAACAGUGUUGUGUUGAGUUACAGGGACGUUUGGAGGAAUUGAUAUAUGUGCCAAACUCUUCUCUUUUUUUUAACAUUGAUCAUGUGACAAUUUGCAAGUGCAGAUGUAGAUGAGUGCUGUGAACCAUAUUUGACAUGAAUUCAGGUAACUAGUGCGAUUUUUGUUCCGUGACGCUAAAUCCCGUAUGAGUGCUGAACACUGAAUCAUUUAAUAUGAGGUAAACUAUUUGGUUUUUAAUGUUGAACGUUUCUGGGAUUUAGGGCUUUAAUAUGUUUAGGCAUUAUUGUUAUUUACUUUAAUUUAUGUGGAAAAUAAUAUGUAAUGGAAAACUAGCUAAACUCUUUCAAGGACUCAAAGUAGACCCGUAGGGUGCAUCCUUUCCACUCACUUAAAUAACACUCUUUUAAUAGUUUCCCUCCUAAGUAACUAUUCUAUUGACAUGAAUUCAAAAACUUCAUGGGUCACACGCAUUGACUGUAGUUUGUGUGUCAUAAAAAUAUAAUUUGAAAAUUUUCUUAUAAACUUUGUAAGAAAAGAAGUCUGAAAUGCAUGUUGCAUUCUUUGACCCUUCUAAAGAAAGUUUUUGCCAUGUAUCUCAUGGAGAAAACAUCUUUAUAACUAGUAUCUCGGUGGGAUUAUAUUACUUGUUGCAUAUAUCUUGAUUUUUGACAAAACAAACAGUCUUUCAUUCUGGAGUAUUACCUAUAUUCAAAGAGUGGCCUAAAUUAGGCCGUGAAAACAAAGAGCCUCAUUUGUAGAUAAGUAGCAAGUAAGGUAUAUAAGAAGAGUAAUAAACUAUCUUACACUGGGCAUGCAGUAACAUAAUUUUGCUAAGUAAAAAUUGGGGAAUAUAAUAAAUAAUUUAAAAAUUUGGCAGUUAACCUCAGCAUAUCGGUACAGUACCAAACAUACAUUACAGUGACUCCGUUGUUCGGUUCUUGAUUUGUGCAGUUAACUUUCCUAGAAUCAGUGACGACAUUUAUUAGAAUGAAAAGGUCCUUAGUAAUACAACAUUUUAAGAGGUUUUGGCAAGAUGCAGUUGUUUCUAAGAGUCCAAGAGUAAGGGAAACAGAACCUGGUUGAAUUUGUCUCCUACUGAGAUCGUUUUAAAUACCAGGUCCUCUUAUAAAUGUGCUAACUCAAAAAGCCACUGCAGAAAAUAUGAAGUUAAGGGCAAUCUCAAAAAUAAUCUGCAUACUCUAGCCUCACUGUUUUAUAACCCGAUUUGGUAAAAAGUACGUUUCUGUUAGGUCCCAUUCAAAUUUAAGACCUUCAUUACCCACACCACUUUUUCUCCACUGAAAAGCAGAAUGUGUAUCAAUGACUUAACAAUAGGGGGUUGGGCAUACUUUUACCAGAAUGGAAGCCAAUUUGGGGGGUUUUCUAAUGCUGUGGCUUGGAAAUCUGUUUUUAAAGAAACCAGUAAGCAAAUAUGCAUCCCUAGAGAUCUUUGAAGUAAUCUUAAAAUCAAUUCUUUUUAAUAUGUACAAGCCUAAAAUUAUUUUCAUGUGUUCUUUAUGUUCCUGAUGUUUUCCCAAAUUAAAUUUAGGCACAAAUUUUCCAAGUCAAUUUGAUUUCUCCUUUUCUUUUAGACUUGAAUUGUGUUCUUCCUUUACUUUGGCUCUUCUGUUGGUUAUUUUCAAGUCUUCGUAUUCUUUGAGAGGAGUUACCAAUAAUGUGUUCACAUUGUUUCAGAUCUAUGAUAUGAAUAUUUAGGUUAACAUAUGGUUGUUUCACGACUUAAGAAAGUUAUCAUGAUAAGGGAAUACGGAGCACAUGGUUUAGAAUCCAAAAUUAGCCAGAAAAUAACCUGGACACAUUAAAUCCAUCGAUGUGUAGACCAAAGAGAUUUCAACUCCUGUUUUUACUCUAAGAAUGGAAGUAUAAUUGGACGGUUAAUAAUUAGUCUAUGGAGUGUCCUGCAGCUAUCCCCACCAGGUUGCUUUACACUAUCAAUUGUGUCUGUGUGUGUACUUUUAACCAUUGGGGGAAUUGUUGGUUUCUUUGCUGUUUUCAGUUCUUUCCAUUGGGAUUUUGUGCAAAUGUCACUCUCUUGAUGUUUUGAAAUGCAGUUGAAUAGUGUGAAUUGAUGAAAUUGUCUUAAUAGCUAUUUCUAUGCCGAGAUUUUUUUUUUUUUAGAUCAGUGGUUUUCCUACAGAGACAACUAAUGCUUAAUGAUAUAUAUCCACACACAUAUAUAUCAUUAUAUACAUAUAUGUAAAGCUGCUAUAUAUGAAUAUAGUCUAAUUGGAAAGCUUUUGUUCAGUGAACACUUUCAUGUUCUAGUAGAGAAUUUUAUAUAUUUGUUCAGUUGAAUGAGCUUUUAAAUAAGUAAGGAUGUUUGAGAUUUUUGAACUUGGAAACAUUUUUCUUGGUUAAUUAGUGCUGGAGACCCUUGUUUGUGAUGUGACAAAAGCCCUUAUUGGUGUAUUUGGGUUACACCAUCUUAAAAUUUUAUAUGUGAUUUAGCAGUAAACUUUCUUCGUGAUAAAUGCAGGAAGGAAGGGGGAAAUCCUUUAGAGUUUACACUCCUUUAUUUAAAAAAAAAUGUUUACUAAAGUACUACUCAUGGUGAAAUCAGUUCCCCAAAGAAGAGAUCUAUGCCAAUAUGCACAAACUAAUUAUUAUUUAACAUACUAAUUAGAACUGUCCAUAGAUCAGAAUCAAUCACGGGGGCCAUCAAAGCUACAAGCAAUACGUAAAACUUUUAAAUGAAGGAGGUGCCAGUGAUCUUCCCCAUGGGAUGAGUCCACUGGUUGCCUAGAAUGAGGACAUUUCUAAAUGAUAGCUCUAUUCAGUGCACGCCGUUUAAUCAUUCUCACUUUAGAUCUCAGUGUAUAGUAAAUAGUUUUAUAGUUUGUUACCCAAUGUACUUUCUUAGUAUUUGCAAUGUACAUUUCCAUUGCCCAAAAAAGCAUAAGGGUUUUGUUUGUACUUUAAGUGAGAAAUAAGGAAAUGAGCUGCCCCGUAUAUCAUGCAUCUGUGAUAUAAGGAACCGGGGAUAAGUUAAAGUCAAAGAGUGUUGUUGAAAAGGACUUUAAAGAUCUAAUUAAGACACAAACAGUGUGUUACUGUGGCCAAGCCAGCACUUCCAUGCCAACUAAUUCAGUCUUGUAAGCAUGUUUGGUGGCUCUGCUGUUUUCAAAGUGCUGUACUGAGUAUUUCUAUAGUAAGUACAAGGAUGACCGAGAGGGGAUCCCUGCCCUUGAGUCCAUCGAGAGCUAGCAAGGUGAUUGAUUGUACACCCUAAAAAGAUUGGGACAUUUUACUUCCCAAUUCUGUUUGAGAGUUGAAGUCCUAUUCCCCCUGCCCCCAAAUUCUGGUUUUCCCGUUUUAUCCACCAAAAGAACUUUCUGUAACUGAGAUAUCAUCACUGUGACAGAGUGGAUGGAGCACUAGACUCUAAGCCCACCCCAUCAACUCAAAGCCAGGGCUUGUCGACGUCUUGUGGAUGAGCGCAGAGCAGUACAUGUUUGGCAGCAGGUGGUCAAGAAGAGAGUCAUUAGAAUGGUUUUAAUGACAUUUUUAACAGCAAUUGAAUGGGUUGUUUUGUAAAAUUCAUCUAUUUUCUUCCAUUUCCACAUGUUCCCCUACAUAUAUUUUAGGAAGGAAACUGAAAAAUGUCUCUUAUAAUCUUGCUUCCUUUACCUCCUCUCCACCUCUUUAUUUCAAAAAUGAGCAGAUUCUCCAAGACCACUUGUGGGGGUUGGUGGCGGUUGGUGGCGGUGGAGAUGGCUGGGGCAAGCAGGGUUAAAUUUCUGUUUAUCCCUAGUUAAACUAGAGCGUAGCCAGCACUGACUUCUCUGCCUUUGCCUUACCCUGCUCGCUUCCCUUGGAUCAUUCAGCCAACAUCCAUUGAAUGUCUACCACAUGCAACCUAACUGUCCUCAUUUUAGGGAUGGGAAAGGGUGUCCUCUGUAUCCUCCUCUCCUCCACCACCCUGGGCUGCGGGCUUCAGGCAUCCUGUCAGUUCUGCAGGAAAUAGAACCGGGCUUCAGUGCCUACCGCGUCCUUCCUCCCAUGGACCAAAGGUGCUUACGCCCUACUCGUUUGUCUCUAACUGCGAGGAGAUACUGUUACUUUUGACUUACGUCCAGGUUAUAAUUCACAAAGUCACAAGAUGCUAAGGAUAUUUUUUCUGAAAUAUUCUCGAACUACUUCACUCUUGCUAUUAAAUUUUUUCUCUCUCAGAACGUCUUAAUCAGAAUCUCUUCAAAGAGUCCUUACUUGUCUGUAAGAUGUGAAGACCAUGGGACGUCAGGAAGAAAUUCUGGUAGACCUAGAUGGAGAGAAGCUGGGCACCGCUUGCUGGGUCGCUGUGUAAAUUGCUGUUCCUUUCAAUAAUCAGGGGUGAGAAUCUCAGUGUUAAAAAUGGGCUAGUGAUCCGAUCAGUUGGCUCAUAAUUUCUCUUAACUCCUAGUCCUUUUUAUAACAGCUUGAGGGGACACUCUUCAGGUGCAAAACGACAAUUAUUUCAUUAAAGAUGAUAAGGUUUUUCAAACAUGCGGUAGCGUUUUGUAGCAGCGGGCAGUUUAAAGGCGGGAAGAAGGGCUGGAGGGAAGGGCCCGCCAGCUGGGGCGGUGUGAGAAGUCCCCUGGGUGAUGGGAACACAGCUGCCCCCUGGUGGUAGAUCCGUAAACUACACUGUGUGAGGAUGUCUGUGGCAAGAUUACAACGCGCUGUGUCUUGUGAGACUAAAUGGAGCAUUUGCAAUCCUAUUACGUGUGUGUGUGUGUGUGUGUGUGUGGUGAUGGGUGUGCUCUUCUCACAGAAGGACCUCUGUUCAGUGUAGACAGUACAGUGUGUUUGAGGAGGCUGCUAAAGUUAUCUGAAAACGUAUCUGUGAAUUUGGGGAAGCAGUGGUUAAUAUGUAUUUUCAGUAAAUGUGGCAAUGAAUGCAGCAGCGAAUACUUUGUUAAAUUGAUGGAGGCACCCACAUUUCUGAAUGAACUGAGCUCUGAACUGUAAGGGUCUCCUCUUGAGUUUAGAGGACUUGGCUUUGCAUUCAUUGCGCAUAUGUUGAACUUACAUAAUGACCCUUUGUUGGUUUCAAGAACUAAUUUUGCAGUUUCAUAAAAAUCUCCCUCUUCCUUCCAUACUGAUGUCAUAUGUUCUAGUUUAAACAUAUGUACAGUUUGUUGAUAGACUCAGAAGUGCUGGUUUAGAAGAAAAUGUUUUUAACACCUUAUGGUUAUGCAGCUAUAAUCUUACUGAAAAAUAAAUGCUACAGGUAAGCCAAGAGAGCAUGAACUUCUUACAUAUUUUUUGGAUUAUACACUGCACCCAUAACAAUCUCCCCUCAGUGGGAAUGUGACUGCCCCCUCUUUGGGAAUGUAUUUAGGUAUGUAACUGAAACUGGAAAGCAGUGUAAUAUAAAUAUAUAGAAAGAGGAACUAUCAUUCAUAAUUACUGUAACUAGCACUUUUUCUCCUAAAUACGUACUGAUCAUUUCCAAAGCUCAUCUCUUGUUUUAGAGCCUGUAUAAAUGAAUGCUAACUGGACAGUACUACUGAUGAUGAGAAAUUUCUCUUGUUUUUAAACUAAAAUAUUUGCACAUCAUCACUAAGUAUCUUGGGGGAAGGAACGUUUUAAAGUUUUCUCCAUGGAGAGUGAAAUAGAGGCACUUGUUUGAAAAGUAAUUAAAAAUGAUUUACUUUCAAAGUUGGGUGAGUUGAUGGUCUAAUUGUUGACACUUUCUUGGUAUUUGUGAUAUCAGAUGCAUUUAUGGUGGAGAAAUUUUUACGGUUUCAACCCUCUGCUCAAUACACACACACACGAGCUAUACACAUUUAGAUAAACAAGUAAAAUUCCACAGUAUUUUUCAUUUAGUACUAUAACUUGCUAAAAUUCCUAGGAUUCUACCAUGAAGUAUUAAUCCCUGACUCUAGUCAUCUGAGGACAAAUGCAUCAACUUCAAGUUAACCAACAAAAAUGGCUUGAUUUAAAUAGCAAAAAUAUAGUUUACCCGAUAGGUAUUAAAAAUUCACUUUCAAAUUGUGUUAAUUCUCAGAUCACUGAUGAAUCAUUUAGUAAAACACAGUAGUUUUUAAAAGCUAAAUGAUGCCUUAGUGCCUUGGAAGUUAAGAUACUUUUGCAAAGUGAAUUUGGCAGGAUUCAAGAUUGGCGCACUCGUCACUGGGGAUUUAGAGUUUAGGGAUGGUAUAACUGAAUUAACUCCUUAUGGUGAAUAAAAAUCAGCCAUUUUGCCAUUGACUCUGACAGAUGACAACUACUUUCCUUACAUUUUCAUGAUGCGGUAUUUGUCUUUAAUUUUUUUUCUUUUUAGAAGUAAGUUUGAAAUGGAGAAAAAUGUAGUCAAGACAAUUACAUGUGGGAUUUUAAAAUUUAGUUUUCUCGUAAACUAGAAACUCUAGUGUGAACAGUGUUAGUGUUGUUAUAUCGUCGUACAAGGGCGGAAACUUUAUGUAAACUUUAGGAAUAUGUUUACCAUCAGGGAUUAAUUUUUACUAUAGAAAUACUUAAUGUACUGUGAAGUUUAAAGACAGGAAGGAUAAAUGUCGGACGGGGUCAUGCACAAAAGCAAAGGUAUAUGUGAUGAGGAACCCUGCAUUAUGUGAACACAAUCCCCCCCUUCUGUUAAGACUAUAAACUACACUGUAUGAGUAUGUGACUGCAUGUUUACAUAAUAGUUUAAUUUUAAAGGAUUAUUUUAAAAACUAUGUUUAUGUAUAAUACCUAACGAGCUGUAAAUAUUGUAUACUAUUGAUUUUUAAUUUUAUAUAAGCGAUUUUUUUAUUUCCCAAUUCAUGUACAAAUCUCAUUGUGUAUAUAGCAUAAUUUCCUGGAGAACACAGAUUUUGCAGUGAGCUUUAUUUUAAUCGUGGUAAGCAUCAGGCUAGCCUUCGGGAUGUUGGUCUUUAUUUUAAAUUAUUUUCCACCACUCAUUUUCUUCGAAGGGCAGCAAUAAACAUAUGCAAGUUAUUUUUGACUCUAGAAAGUUGGUGUGCAAACACAAGAUCUAGGUUCCAAUUCAUUGCUUUAAAGAAAAGAUGCACAAUUAAUAUCAUCCACUGUCUAAUCACAGGACCGUUUCUGAGGUCCUUGUGUCUCUCCUCUUUGUAAUAUACAGGGUGAACUCUUUACUGAUACACACAGGACAACUGUUAAAAGUGAAUCCAGCACCUAAAUGUCAUUACACAGAAUUUAUUGGAUUAAAAAUUUGUAAUAUACAGUAUUUUAAUAAAAUUUCUGUAUUCAAUUUCAUGCACUUAUAUAUAAAUAAACCUGUCUUUAAAAGCUU